ACAAACUUGAUGCAACGCAACUUUAGAUUCCGGUGUGGUUUCGAAUUGUGACUAAUGUGACAGAAGGAAGGCAAAUAAGGCACAGAAACCAAAGAUGUUAACGGUUAAGCUGUUGUAGUCUAUUGUCCAGAGAACUAUGAUAAUCAGGCAUGUACUCUUAGAAGUCCAUUAUUUAAAGUAGCAAUAGUGUUUUAACAAAUUAAAUUGAUCAGGAAGAUGGACGCAAACAUUACGGAAAUAAUAGAAGAAUUUAUGGGAAGUGCACUUGUUACAUGGGUGCAUCUCUUUGAGGGUAUUGUCGAUGAAGAGGAGAAUGGAUCGUUCACCCAGCAGUACAUGGAAGUAAACUUUCACUCCCAGAAUGCAGUGAGACAGUACUUGAAGCUUACCAAUGGAGUCUACCUCAAUGAAGUCAUGAGAAUCAUUGAUCCCAAUCCAAAAGUAGAGCAGAUCUACUACAAUGUGGGUGACGACAAGAUUCUCAGAGUCCAGAACUUUUCCAUCCUCAAUCGACACCUGAGAUCAUACUAUCAGGAGAAUCUACAGCAGCUGCUGCUGAUGUCUUUACCAAAUGUUGCUGUUUUAGGUCGAGAUCCCCUGACAGAGGGCGCUGUUGCAGAGCUGAGGAGACUGCUACUGUUAUUGCUGGGCUGUGCUGUACAGUGUGAAAGGAAGGAAACUUUCAUUCAGCAAAUUCAGUGCUUGGAUAUCGACACGCAGGCAGAGAUUGCCCUUUGCAUACAGGAGGUGACCCAGGACCCGAGUGCUGUGCUUCCCCUGGAGUUUGGAGACAUGUGUGGACUGAAUGGGGCAGAGCUGCAGAGUCUCUUCUGCUCCAUGGCCAAACAGAUCCAGAGUCUGCAUGCUCAACGAGACACACACUUGGAGAGGAUAGCAGAGCUUUAUCAGGAACGGGAAUCAUCUACAUCCCAUAUAACCACGUCAAGCGGGUUUGGACCUCCAGAGGGACUGGCUGUGCAGCUGGCAGACAGCAAAGCUAAACUUCGUCGACUCAAACAGGAACUAGAGGACAAAGGUGAUCAACUACUGGACUACAAGCAAGAAGUGCAAACUAUGGAGGAAGAGAUAAAGAAACUACAGAAGGAAAACCGAGUGUUGCAGGUUGAAGCGCGUGUGAGUCGGGGGCUUAAGGAUGAGUUGGACUGUCUGCGAGAGCGUGCAGGCAGAGUGGAGCAACUGCAAGUGGAGCUGAAAAACUGCACACAUCGACUCCGCAGUAUGGAGCUGUACCACACCCAGUUAAAGGAGCAGCAGCUGUACUGUGCCUCACUGCAAGAGAACAAAGCUCUGCUGGAGGAGCAGCUGGCCGACACUCGUGCACGCUGCACAGCUCUGCGCGAACUAGAGAAAGAAAAUCUUCUUCUCAGGCAGAAACUCAUGGAUAUGGAGGGUGAGCGUGAUGUGGAGAGACAGAGUGUGGACGAGCUUCUGGAAAUGAAUAUGAGUCUACAGGUGGAUCUUCAACGUCAGGCUCAUUCUUUGGAUGUCAGUCCGAGUGUGACUCAUCAACACUUUCUCCAGUCAGAGCCAGAGUCUGACGAGGAAGUUCAGGAAAUAAAUAUCCCUCAGAUUGAUCUGAAGCCGUUGAGUGAAGAGGUAAAUGAAGCUUCCUCGCUGAGGCUUUUGGGAGCUGAAAAUGAAAACGCUGAACUUAGGAGACGACUAGAGCGCCUGCAGGCUGAACAGGAGGCUCAGCACGCCAGCUCCCCCGAGGUAAUUGAAGAGCUCCAGGGACGGACGGAUCAACUCUCACAAGAGCUUCAAGACACACUGAGAGAGAUGGAGUGUCUGAAGAAAGAAAAUAGCCGCUUGAAGAUAAAUCUGGAAGAUAUGAGAACAAAACAGAAGCAGGAAGACCUCGAGGUGGAGAGAACAGUCACAGAGGGAAAAGAAGAGAAAAAGGAAAUAAUCCCGAGAGGAGAAUGUGAGGGAAAAGACACAAAAAGAGAGAAAGAGGAUGGAAAAGAAGAAAGAGAGCAAGACAUAAUAAAAGCCCAGAGAGAGGAUGGAGAGGGGGGAGAGGGGGGCAGCGUAAUCCUCAGUGAGAGAAAAAAGAAGGUUAUUUUUGAAAUGAAAACCAAAGAGAGAGGCGAGACUGAGGGUGAGAAAGACAUAGAUAAGAAAGACGUCACAGAGGAGACAUCCCAGCCAUCAGAGUACAACUCUGAAGCCCAGACAACCACACAGAAAGAGGAGACAGAAGAAGAUCAAUUCUCCCUGGACACACUUAUCCUACAUCAGCAGCUUCAGCAGGCCCUGGAAGAGGCUGAUAGACAGAGCACUCUAGCCCAGGAUCUGCGCUCCAAACUGGCAGAACAGAGUAAGAAGGUCUUGGAGGUCGAGCAUAAGAUGGUUUUCCUGGAAGCUGAGAACCAGAGGCUGAAGAAGGCAGCAGAAAGCCUCAUGGAGGCUAGGAAACAGAUAGAGGUUUUGCAGGGUGAAUCUAUGCAGCAGGAGGAGGAACUGAUGCGUCUGCGUAGUCAGGUGGAGUUUCAGAAGAUGGAGGUGGCAGUGAUUGCUCAGUUAGAGGGAGAGAGAGCAGCACUGGAAAGAGAGAGAGAGACACUCAGAGCCAGCAUAGACUCACUCAGGGCUGCAGUACGCAAGGGUGAUCAGUUGGAGCUGAUCAACCAAAACCUUAAGGCCGACCUCGAAAGAUUGGGGCGGAGCUUGGAAUCUGCCAAGCGCUGCGAAGAAGAGAUGGAAACUGAACUGCGGGAAUCCAGCCUGGAGGUGGAGUCUCUGACCAGAGGGCGGGAAGAAGCUCUCCUUGAGGUCACGCGAUUGGAGCAAGAGAAGGAGGCGUGUCAGGCAGAGCUGGACAGCCAACGGCGUGAGCAAAGACAAAGAGAACGAGAAAUGGCCAGACUCAGACAGCAACUGGAGAGCACGACCUCUGCCCUAGAGCACGGUAACCAAAGAGCCUGCAGCCUAGAGGCACAAAACAGACGGUUGGGUCAGGAGCUUUCCCAGCUCAAAGAGACAUGUGCAAAGUUAGAGGAGCUGCAGAAGGAAAACCAGCAGCUCAGUACACUCAACGCUGAGAGCAAGACCCAGAUUAACUCUCUAGCAAAGGAACUGGCUAAUGAAAAAGCCCAGUCCCAGGAGUUAUCCAAUCAAGUUGCACAGCUGAACCACACACUUGAGGAGUUGCAGACCAAGCUUAAAAUGGCAGCUACGCAACAGCACCGAUCUAGUCCAGAGGUCACUUCAUCUCCAACUGACUCUCACACACAGAGGAUAGAAGACUCUGUAUCAAACAGACGGUCUGUACCGCUGGCAGGAGGCCCCGAGGAGUCUGCUGUCAGUAUUGGAGAUAAGAUUAACCACAGCUCUGGGCCCACAGACUCUUUCUGUACAGAAAAAGACUCAAAAAACAAAGGGAACAAACAACAUCAGACAACACCAGAGCCUGCCACAGCAAGCCAGGAGGUCUUGAGUCAGAGACUGAUAAAUACAGAGAGGGAGAAUGCAGUUCUGCAGCGUGAGCGGGAGGUGUUGCUGUCUCAGCUCACUCAGUCUCAGUCAGCCUGCACUCAACACCGAGAGCAGUUGGUCACCCUGCAGCGCCACUCCAUCUCGCUGCAAGAGAACUGUGCUAAAUUACAGGCCCUCAACACCAAACUACAGGUGGAACAGGCAUCUCUAAGUUCCGAACAUGCGUCAGUUUUGGCACGUUUCAAUGAGAGCGAGGUUCGCUGUGCAGCUCUGGAGGCAGAAUCAAGGGUGUGGCUAAAGGAGAAGGAGGAAUCAGUGGUGCAUCUGGAGGCUUUAAGGCGGGAUCAUGAGAGAUUGACCGCUCUACAGCAGAGACAGGAGAUGGAGCUUGAAGAGUUGCUGGUCAAACACAGUCAGCUAAAAAGCAACAGUCGCAGUCUAGAAGCUCAGUGUAAAGACGCUGAGGCCAGAUAUAAGGAGCUGUUGGAGCGAAAAGCUCAGCUGGAGGAGGCAGAAAAAUUGAUACACCUGGAGAGAGAGAAAAUGAAGAGAGUGACACAAGGGCAAGUGGAGAGCGAGAAGGAGCUGGAGAGACUGAGAAUGGACAAUGAAAGAUACCAGAGCCUGCAGAAGGAGUGGGUUCAGGUCCAGUCCGAGUUGCUGGCUCAGAGUUCAGUUCUGCGGGCAGAGUUGAGUACAGCUCAGCUGGAACGGACCAGACUGGAGGGAGAACUCAAUACCCUUAAAGAACACAACCAGCAGCUGGAUCUGAACAAUGUCCGUCUCAGCAGCCAGUAUCAGCUCCUUACCCAGCUGAAGGCAAACAUGGAGGAGGAGAACCGACAUCUAGUAGAGCAGAACCAGAGUCUCGCCAAAGAGAACAAAGCUCUGCUGGAGAGCAGCCUGGAGAGCCGAGACCAACACCACAACCAGCAGAGAGAGUACCUUGAUAAACUCAAUGAGCUGCGCAGGGAGAAGCAGAAGCUGGUGGAUAAGAUAAUGGAUCAGUAUCGAGUUCUGGAACCAGGGCUGCCUGGCAUGUGUCCACCCAAACAACCAAAGAAGUCGAACUGGAUAGCAGACCGCAUGAAGAAGCUGAUAAAACCGAAAGGUGGAAGUAAAGAAGGUCGUCCUCAGUUCAUUGCUGCUGGCAGUAUAGAGAACCUUGCAGAUGCCGUAGACGGUGCGCCCACCUCUCCAGCUCCAGUGCGUGAUCAUGAGCAGGCCCCCAUCAGUGCGCCAGUCUCCCCGAAUCCUCUCAGGAGAGUUUCAUUCCAGCCUGAAUCAGAAGACCAAUCCAAGGUGAAUCUGCGGUCCGGUCGGCGUAAGCUGGGCUCCAGACAUGGCUGGGCUCUCGGCCGGGGCAGAGGAGGAGUUUCCCAGUCCUUCAGUCCUGGAGACCAGCGCACACAGCCUCGCAUUCGCCUACGCUCCUCCCAAGCAGGCGCCACGGCCCUCUGGGAACACGAUGGGAGCCCCACGCCCAGCCAGAACAGCCUGAGCGAGGAGGGUAGAGUUGAGAGUGAGGAGAACAUCUCGCCUGAACACUCAGAUGUCAGCCGUGUUUCAUCAGGAACUGAAGAUUUUCACUCCAGUUUUGACAAGCCACAAGACUCAGAGCACAAACAAGAGUAAAGCAAUACAAAUUUGUUAAAGUUCAUUUAACUACUUGUAUGUAUCCAUAGGUUUUGACACAGUUUUGCAUAUACAACAUACAUAAGGCAUGUAUACACAAACAAAUAAAUGAAUUAUAUCACA